UCAUCUUCAGUCAUGGUUGCACCAAAGCUUCUUGCAGUUUUGGGUUUUCUUUUAGCAUUAUGCAACAAUGGCUGUGUACUGGGAUCUCACAAGAUUUACCCUCAGUAUCAAAAUCUCAAAGUUCAUAAGGUCAAUCAAGUUCAUAGAACUGGCUACCAUUUUCAGCCUCCCAUGAACUGGAUAAACGAUCCAAAUGGACCCAUGUACUACAAAGGGCUAUAUCAUCUGUUCUACCAAUACAACCCUAAAGGAGUAGUGUGGGGCAAUAUUGUUUGGGCUCAUUCAGUAUCAAAAGAUUUAAUCAACUGGGAAGCCCUUGACCAUGCAAUCUACCCAUCAAAAUGGUUCGAUAUAAAUGGGUGUUGGUCCGGGUCGGCAACUAUUCUUCCAGGAAACAAGCCUAUGAUCCUUUACACUGGAAUUGAUCCAAAACAACGCCAGGUCCAAAACUAUGCAGUACCCAAAAACUUGACCGACCCAUAUCUCCGAGAGUGGGUCAAACCCGAUGAUAACCCGAUAGUGGAUCCAGAUAAUACUGUGAAUGCUAGUGCAUUCCGGGAUCCAACUACUGCUUGGUGGGCUGAUGGGCAUUGGAGGAUCUUGGUAGGAAGUAAAAGGAAGCAUAGAGGUAUUGCAUAUUUGUAUAGAAGUAGGGAUUUUAAGCAAUGGGUUAAAGCUAAACACCCUCUUCAUUCAUCUCCCAAAACGGGUAUGUGGGAGUGUCCAGAUUUCUUCCCGGUUUCGUUAUCGGGUCAAAACGGGUUGGAGACAUCUGUUGUUGGGCAAAAUGUGAAGCAUGUAUUAAAAGUUAGCUUGGAUCUUACAAGAUAUGAGUACUAUACUGUGGGUACUUAUGAUAAGAAGAAGGAUAGAUACACUCCUGAUAAUACUUCUGUUGAUGGAUGGGGUGGGCUUAGAUUUGAUUAUGGAAACUUUUAUGCUUCCAAAACCUUUUUUGACCCAAGUAAGAAUAGGAGGAUUUUGUGGGGUUGGGCCAAUGAGUCUGAUUCUGUGAAGGAUGAUAUGCAAAAGGGAUGGGCUGGAAUUCAGGCAAUUCCAAGAAGGAUUUCGUUAGAUGCCAGUAGAAAACAAGUCAUACAAUGGCCUGUAGAAGAAUUGGAGACUUUAAGAGGCCAAAAGGUUCAAUUAAAUAAUCAAAAGCUCCAACAGGGAGAACAUUUUGAAGUCAAAGGCAUCACUGCUGUUCAGGCUGAUGUUGAUGUCACCUUCUCAUUCCCAAGCCUGGACAAAGCUGAACCAUUUGACCCUAAAUGGGCAGAACUUGAUGCACUAGACGUUUGUGCCCAAAAGGGGUCCAAAGCUCAGGGUGGUCUUGGACCAUUUGGACUCUUGACAUUAGCAUCAGAAAAUCUAGAAGAAUUUACUCCAGUGUUCUUUAGAAUAUUCAAAGCACCAACCAAACAUGUAGUUCUCCUUUGCUCUGAUGCAACAAGCUCUUCCUUGGGGAAUGGACUAUACAAACCAUCAUUUGCUGGGUUUGUUGAUGUAGAUUUAACAAAGAAGCAACUUUCACUUAGGAGUUUGAUAGAUCAUUCGGUGGUUGAAACUUUUGGAGCUGGAGGCAAAAUUGUGAUAUUGUCUAGGGUUUAUCCUAAGUUGGGCGUGUUUGAUAAGGCUCACUUGUUUGUGUUCAAUAAUGGGUCUGAGACUAUUACAGUAGAGAACCUCAAUGCUUGGAGCAUGAAGCAGCCUUUAAUGAAUGCACCCAUUAGAAAAUGAAUAGGUGGAGAAGAAGCUGAGCUAAAGAUAAAA